AUGACAUCGGAUUGUUCUAUCUCAAACGGAAAUGAUUUAAAGAAUUCUGGCAAAAUGUUAUGGUGCGAAGAACCACUAUCCGAUUGCAAUAUGGAUAUAUCCACAGGGCAUGUGAUUUUAUCGUUUUUACAAGAAUAUUUGCAAACACCAUCGAAAAUUGAAGAACAAUGGGCAAUGCUAAGAAAUUAUACGAAUCAAAAUAGUUCAACAUCAAUCGCUGAACAAGAAAAUAAUAGAAAUAAGAAUCGCGAUCAAAAAUAUCUUCCAUAUAAUGAAACAUUGGUUCAUUUGAAUGCACCAACAUCGGAUCCAAUGGUUUCGACAUAUAUUAACGCCUCUACUAUACAUGAUAGUGAUCCAAGACAAGCGAAUUAUAUAGCGACACAAGCACCGCUUCCAAAUACUAUCGAUGAUUUCUGGCAGAUGAUUUGGGAACAAGGUGCAGUUCUUAUUGUGAACUUAACUGAUGCGAACGAUAACAAUGAAGGACGUUGCGUACGUUAUUGGCCAGAAAAUGGUUCACAUGUCUAUGGCUCAUAUGAGAUUCAUCUCGUCUCGGAACAUAUAUGGAGCGAGGAUUAUCUCGUUAGAUCAUUUUAUCUGAAAAAUCUCAAAACCAAUGAGACACGAACUGUGACGCAAUUUCAUUUUUUGACAUGGCCACAAAAUGAAGUUCCAUUAUCAUUCAAAGCAAUUCUAGAUUUCCGCAGAAAGGUGAAUAAAUCAUAUCACGGUCGUGCAGCACCACUAAUAGUACACUGCACCAAUGGAUCUGGUCGCACCGGUGCUUACUGUCUCUUGGAUAUCGUACUCAACCGCAUUUCUAAAGGAAUAAAAGAACUAAACAUCGCUGGUUCUUUGGAAUUUCUACGCGAUCAACGUGUUGGAAUGGUCGAAUCCGAUAAACAAUAUAAAAUGGUGUUUAGUUGUCUCGCCGAAGAAGUAACCACAAUGGUAAAAACUCUACGACAAUAA